GCCUCAAAAGUCGUCCUUUGGCCACAACCGGCAGCACCGUGGUUUUCUGGAUGGCAACAGAGGACAGGGAGAUGAUGGAAGGCGGGGGGGCGGGAGAAAGCUGCCCAACCUUUCCCAAGAUGGUGCCUGAUGACCCCAUGUCUGAAGGGAAGGCAAGGGCUUCUUUGCCCCAGGAGGCAGAGUCCCCAAAGCCAGACUCCUCCUACGACUACCUGGGGGAGAUGGAAUCUUGUGAGGACGGAGGCUGCCCAGGGCCACCUAAGUCACCGUCCUCCAAGGCCGGCCCGGCCCCCACCAAGGGCCAGGCGGGCGACGGACCCGAACUCGCAGAGUUGCCCCCAGCUCCAGCCACGCCGGCCCCGGGGACUCCAGGGCCCCAGCGCAGCGGCGAGAUGGAGCUGGAGAAGGUGCGCAUGGAAUUCGAGCUCACGCGGCUCAGGUACCUGCAUGAGGAGAACGAGCGCCAGCGGCAGCAUGAGGAAGUAAUGGAGCAGCUGCACCAGCAGGCCACGCCCCGCCUGUUCUCGGGAGGCCUCCAGGACCUCCUGCUCCCCCAGAACCAGUUCGCCAUGUUCCUGUACUGCUUCAUCUUUAUACACAUCAUCUAUGUCACCAAGGAGAUGAUCUUCUUCCUCUUCUCCAAGCACUACCUGUUCUGCAUCGCGGCCAUUCUGCUCUGUUUGAUUAAAGCUUUAUGGUCAUACCUCCAGGUGCCUUCGCUCUCUCCGUCACUGGGCACCACCCUCUCCCCCAUCAGAACCUGCUGUUAG